AUGACACACGUGCGUUUUGUUAUUGUUGAAGCUGAGUUCUUUUCUUCAGGAUCAACUUCUCAUCAUUACAAACUCACUCCAGGCUCCAAAACCCACAAAGUGCAAAAACCACCCAGACUCGUCUGAAUAUCAACUGAUCUAACUUCAACAAGAACAGAAGCUCUCUCUGACUCUGAAGCUGCCAUGGAGAUGGAAGAGCAUUGGAAGGUGAAGUUCAGGAACGUUGCUCAGACAUAUUUCCCUCAAACCAGAGUGGAAUGUCGAUAUACACUGAGCUGUGAACACAGCUGGACCUGUCAUGACUGGAUCGGACUCUUCAAAGCCGACUGGACGUCAGUGAGAGAUUAUCACACGUAUGUUUGGGCUCUUGCUCCUGAUAAUUACACACUGGGCAAAGAAGUCAACUGCAGCAUCCUCUUCCACCCGUCUUACCUGCCGAACCCCAGCACUACACCGUACCAGUUUGUGUAUGUGAAUGAAUUGGGGGAGAUCUGUGCAGUGAGUUCUCAGUUCACCUUCAACGCUCCAAAGCCUCUGGAUGAAUUGGUGACUCUGGAGGAGGAGAGAAACGGAGAGGAAGAAAACGAGGGAGAAGAAUUACUGCUCGUAGUGCCGAGAGCUCAGAUACUCCAGACUCAUCUGGAAGCCUGUCAGGAAGAACUGCUGCUGUUACAGAAGCAGCUCAGAGCAUCCAGCAUGGAACUGGAGAAAAACCAAGAAAGAAAUGAAAUGGAGAGUAAGGAAUUCGAAGCAGAAAGAGCAGAGAUGAGGAACGAAAUCAAUGACCUGAGAGAGCGACUGAGGUGCAGCCUGGAGAUGAUGGAAAGGAUGGAUGAGAAACAGAAGGAUGUGUUAAAGUCUCAUGACAACAUUUCAGUGGAGAUCAGCAGCCUGUUAACAGAAAGAGCUGAAAAUCAACAACGAAUCAAAGAACUGAAGGAGGACAUGAGCAGCGUAGCGCAGCAGAAACAAGAUGCAGAAACCGAGUUGGAGAGGAUGAAGGAGAGAGUAAAAAAGCUGACGAUGCAGAGAAAGGAUGAAGAGGAUGAGAGGAGGAACUUACAGUUGGAGAGGAAACAUUGUCGUGAGGAGUUGCGAGUUCUUCAGGAGCGUCUGGAGACCAACGAAUGCAGUGCUGAGGUGUUACGACGAGAUCUGAGUGAACUCGGAGCGCUGCAGAGCCAGAACCAGGCCGAGCUUCACCAGAUCCGACUGCAGGCGGCUCAAACCACGCUGCAGCUCUCACAGGCCAACCUGAACCUCAGAGAAGGACAAGCGGCCUGGGCCAAAGAGCGCGAGAACCUCCGGAGGAACGCAGAGCUGGAUAAGGAACGAGUCCAGAAACUGAGUCAUGAGCUGCAGAAGAAGGAAGAAUGGCUGGAAGAAGAACGAACAGAGCGAGAGAAACUGGAGCUGGAGCUAGGAAACGAGAAAGCAUGCAACCGAGAGCUCCGUGCCAGUGUGAGAGCCAUGCAGAAGGAGCGAGAGCAGCUGCAGCUGGAGAAACAGGAGCUUCAGGAUCAUAUCCGAGUUUUCCGGCUGCGUUUGGAGAACGAUUGGGAAGCGACCUGGACUAGAGCAGCUUCUGACAGCAGGCCUGAGGUGAUCAGUAGCAUCACAUCAGCAGAUCUGCAGCGAUCCGCUUCUAACAAACUGGAAGAAGCUAAAGUGGUAAAUCUGUUGCCGAGUGAAGAGGCGGAGCCUGAGGAGGAGGAGGCGGGGUCUGAUGAAGAGGAGGCGGAGCCAGUGGAGGACAACACAAGGGAGCAGGAGGUGAAAAUGAAGAAUGAACCACAGACUCAGUCUGAGAUCAAAGCAAACAUACUGAGUGAGUUUGCUGAUGAUGCCCCCUUGUGGUGAAAUGUGGCAAUGAAGCAGACAGAAACACAGGAAAACCUGAUGUCUUCAGUUUAAUAUCAGCAACACGUGCUCGAGUGUAAUGUUUCAAAAACAGAAUUGUGCAAGCUUACUUUUGUGUGAGUGUGUGUUUGUGUGUAUGUAUAUUUAUUUUCUGAUUGUGUGUGUUUAUUUUCUGAUUUUGUGUGUGUAUUUAUUUUCUGAUUGUGUGUACGUGUGUGUAUUUAAUUUCUGAAUGUGUGUAUUUAAUUUCUGAAUGUGUGUGUAUUUUUCUGAAUGUGUGUGUUUGUGUGUGUAUUUAUUUUCUGAUUGUGUGAUUAUUUUCUGAUUGUGUGUAUUUAUUUUCUGAUUGUGUGUGUGUGUGUGUAUUUAAUUUCUGAAUGCGUGUGUUUGUGUGUGUAUUUAUUUUCUGAUUGUGUGUACGUGUGUGUAUUUAAUUUCUGAAUGUGUGUGUAUUUAAUUUCUGAAUGUGUGUAUUUUUCUGAAUGUGUGUGUUUUUUUCUGAAUGUGUGUGUUUGUGUGUGUAUUUAUUUUCUGAUUGUGUGUUUAUUUUCUGAUUGUGUGUAUUUAUUUUCUGAUUGUGUGUAUUUAAUUUCUGAAUGUGUGUGUAUGUGUGUGUAUUUAAUUUCUGAAUGCGUGUGUUUGUGUGUAUUUAUUUUCUGAUUAUGUGUGUAUUUAUUUUCUCAUUGUGUGUGUAUGUGUGUGUGUGUAUUUAAUUUCUGAAUGUGUGUGUUUGUGUGUAUUUAUUUUCUGAUUGUGUGUGUAUGUGUGUGUGUAUUUAAUUUCUGAAUGUGUGUGUUUGUGUGUAUUUAUUUUCUGAUUGUGUGUCUGUUUAUUUUCUGUGUGUGUGUGCGUGUGCUUGUGUGUGUGUGUGUGUGUGUGUGUGUGUGUGUGAGCAUUUCAUUUGCUGAAUAAAGUUUUUGAAUUUAUUCUGACAUUAUAAAUACAAUCACACCCAAAUUUCACUGCACAUUUAGAUGUGAUCAUUACUCAGACUGCUGUAGCGCUUUAUAACCUGUUAACUAGUUAAUGAGAAUAGAGUCAGAUUCUAAUGAGUCAGGUUUUAACCAUCAGGUGAUUUGGAUCGAUGCAUUGAUUUAAAAGUCGAUGACUGAAAUGACUGAAGGCAACAAUCAGAGAUCAAUAAUUCAUCUGUUUUAACUGGUGUGUAAAUUACUGAAUCACUCGCAAUCUGAUUUGUCCAUAAAACUAAAGUCGUCAUCGUUUACGAAUCAGAUUCAGAUCGCAGCUGAUCACAUGACGAUUAAUGGAUAAUGAAUCUUUUCCUUUCAGAUUCAGAACUAUCGUAAAAUACUGAAUGUUGUCUUAUGAGCUGAAAUCAUGUAGAUCGUGCGGUUCGGUGCUGAAGCUCUGAUAAUUACCUGAACACAGUAAUGAAGAGGGUUAAAUUUGAUUCUUUUUGAAUUUAUUUGUUGAUGUUAGGAUCACAGGGUUAUUUUUAC